AGGUUUUGAAACACUUUUUUUUCCCUAAUGGUAUGACCAUUUGACUAUCACUGAGCAAGGGAUGGCGAUCUCUGGCAUUUGAUCCAAGCCCAUUGUUACGGCUUUUAAGAAUUGGGGGACUAGCAAGGAUGCUGAGCAUCUCAGUCGAGGCUAUCAUUGUGAGCUGGUUUCAAAGGAGGGCUGCCAAGAUGAGCCAGACGGCCCUUCCAAAGAGCAUUGCAGUGUGCUCUAGCCUUAGCUAGCCGAAUGGCCAGAACCAGGAGUGGGUCAACUGAAGCCAGUGGGGAGCCGAGAAGGGAUUUGUUUCUCCUUUCCUAGGCCUUUGCCUUCUUGCCUGCCCACUGCCAGCCCUGCUCCUGCAAGGCCCCGGGAAGCAUGUCUCCUUGGCCUGACCCAGAGGACGGUGCCACUGCUGCUGCAAUGCAGUCGCUUGCAUCCGCUCCACCGCAUCUGCUCCGGUACUCUCAGCCUCAGAAAGCACCAACCGUUGGCUCUGUCUGGCCGUCCGGCUUCCUGUGGGCUCCUGCAGGCCCUAGGCAGGUGAUGGCAAUGCUGCACCAGGGGAAGAACUGGAAGUCCAUGUGCAAGGGGCUUGUGCUGGGGACGCUCCUGACCAGUUUCAUGCUGCUCCUCUACUCCUAUGCCAUCUCGCCCUUACAAGUCAACAUGACCGAGACCCCGAUCCCCUACUCUUGCUCUUCAUACUCGACCCAGGCCCGGCUCCCGGCGCAUGCAAAUGGAAGCCGCGGCCCACCAGGACAGAAGUGCCUCCCCAAGCUGGACAUCAUGUUCAUGAAAACCCACAAGACAGCCAGCAGUACCAUCCUCAACAUCCUCUUCCGCUUCGGGGAGAAGCGCCGCCUCAAGUUCGCCUUCCCCAACGGGCGCAACGACUUCUACUACCCCUCCUUCUUCGAGCGAAGCCAGGUGCAGGACUACCGCCCAGGCAUGUGCUUCAACAUCGUUUGCAACCACAUGCGCUUCCAGUACGAGGAGGUGCGCAAGCUGCUGCCGGCCGACACCAUCUUUGUGACGGUGCUGCGGGACCCUGCCUACCUCUUCGAGUCCUCCUUCCACUACUUUGAACGCAUCAUUCCCUUGACUUGGAAGAUCUCAGGAGAGGAUAAGCUGGCCGAGUUCCUGAGAGACCCUUGGCAUUAUUAUGACCCCAGUGGGUUCAAUGCUCACUACCUCCAGAACCUCCUCUUCUUUGACCUGGGCUAUGAUAACGCCAUGGACUCUAACAGCCCCUUGGUUGACCAGUACAUCCACGAGAUUGACCAGCGCUUCCAUCUGGUCAUGCUGCUGGAGUACUUCGAUGAAUCCUUGGUGCUUCUCAAGGACUUGUUGUGCUGGGAGUUGGAGGACGUCCUCUACUUCAAGCUCAACGCCCGGAAGGACUCCACGGUCUCCAGGCUGACGGACGCGCUCUACCAGAAAGCCACCGCCUGGAACCUCAUUGAUGCCAAGCUCUACCGGUACUUCAACGCCACGUUCUGGCGCAAAGUGGACGCGUACGGGAGGGAGCGGAUGGCCGAGGAUGCGGCCAGGCUCCGCGGGGAGAACGAGAAAAUGAAGAGCAUCUGCAUCGAUGGGGGCCGCCCCGUGGACGCCAACGCCAUCCAGGAGUCUGCCAUGCAGCCCUGGCAACCCCUUGGCGAGAAGUCCAUCCUGGGCUACAACCUCAAGAAGAAGAUCAACAAGAAGCACCGGAAACUCUGCCGCAAGAUGCUGACGCCCGAGAUCCAGUAUCUGACGGACCUGGGGGUCAACCUCUGGAUCACCAAGCUCUGGAGCCGGGUGCGGGAGUUCCUCAAGUGGUAGAAGAGGAGACGCUUCCUCAUCCGCGCCUCCAGUCCAAGAGAACAACCAGGUGCUUUCGUUUGCGUUCCCCUUUCCCUCCUCCGAAGACUCUUCCCUAAGUUUCCCGGUUAGACAUGCUCCCAUGCUGCUGCCAUGUGGGAACGGACUUCAAAAAUAAGUAAAGGGAUGUCUAGGACCUGUGGCUAAGGAACAAAAGAUCUCCUAGCCACCCGUUUUGACCUGGGCUUCGGCAGGUGGCAUAUCGAGGCCUUGAAGAAGAUGGGAGCCCCGUCUGGGUUUGCAGUGCGGAUUCUGCGCAACUGAGCCAAGCCAAGAGCAAAGCAAACAAGGACAGGCGGCGGCGCCGAGACACGUUUGCCGAUUGCAGUAUUUUCCUCUCUGUUUCCAUCCUCCCCCUCCCCAACUUCUGUUUCAAAUGAUUCUGGACUGUAGCAGUGACAGAGAAAUGGCUUCCAACUAUUUUUCCUAAUCCAUGGAAAAGCUAAAAGCAGAGCAAAAGCAACUGUGUGUAUCUGGGGGGUGGGUUACCUGUGCAGUGAUUAUUUUUUUGCAAGUAUUUUCCUCUCUGUUUCCAACUCACCCCCCCCCCCCCAGUUACCCUCAACUUCUGUUUCAAAUGAUUGUGGACUGUAGCAGUGACAAACAAAUGGCCACCCUGUUUUUCCUAAUCCAUGUGCAGUGAUUUUGCAAGUGUGGAGUAACGCCUGCCCUUUUCUAAAGAGGCAAGUCGAUGCAUGUGCCACCUUCCCAUUGCUGGAUGGAGGAGGAUGCAUUGGCUGGGUAGCGCAUUUCCGAACAGCUGCACGUCUCUCUAUCCAGGCAUCUUUACACCACAGACGUAAAGGGAUUUAAUAGUAGUUUCAUCUCCUGUAGGGCUAAGGACCUUGAACAGUAUUAUUAGCAGCACUCUCACCAAAUUACUUUGAGGUGCUUUGAGGUGAGGCUUCUCAACCUUUGGUCCUACAGAUGUUUUGGACCUCCACUUGUUUGAAAAGUAUCAUCAGAGAGAGAGAGAGCUCUGUAUGUCUGAAUGUAAGACUACACAGGACUUGUAGGAUGCUUGUAAGACUACACAGGACUUGUAGGAUACUUGCAGGACUUGUAGGAUACGAGUCCCAACUAGCAUAACCAACCGUCAAACGGUCUGAGAGCCGGAACCCAGAACAACUGAAUGGACCAAAGACUGAGAACCACGGUUUUGAGGGGAAAGCAACCACAGAGCAGCAAUACAAAGCUAUUAAAAAAGGUUUCCGGUGUAGAUGUGCCCAUAUGUCACUGAAGCACUCCUAUGUGUAAAUGAGUUGUGACCAUUUGCACGUCUGGACACAUGAGUGACCUCCUAUGUGAACACUUUGAAAAGUGUUGGGUUUUUAUUGCAUUGUCAAAGUUAACUCCUAAGAACCAAAUCGACACAGUAUUUUUGCUCCAGGGGUGAGUGAGUGGGAAACGGAGCUUUGAAACGUUGCUUUUUUUUCUUUCUUUCUUUCUUUCUUUCUUUCUUUCUUUCUUUUUUUUUUUUUUUUUUGGUCAAGAGCCCCCAGUUGUGUGGUGGUGUUUGGGACUUUUAAUCCAAAUACUCCCCCCCCCCCAAAAAAAAAACCAGUUAUCACAAAAUUUGAAAUUAUCCCAGGGUCAGUAUGAAGGCAAUGCAGGGGGAAUCAUGGGAUUUCAAUCAGGAGCCCAUCCUAAACACAAUUGGGGGUCAUUCCAGGGUUAGGUAAAUCCUCUUUCCCCCGAAUUUACCUAACCCUGGAAUGACCCCUGGUUGCGUUUAGGAUGGUUCCUGGUUGCGUUCAGCGUUGUGCGAUAAACAAACCUGAAACCCCACAAUUGCCCCUGCAUUGCCUUCACAUUGCCUUCGCAUUGACCCAGGGAUAACUUCAAAUUUGCUCGUGUAAUAAGAGCCUUGCAAGUUCUGGUGGGGAAUGAGUGUAUUACCAAGCAUGUCCUCGGAUUUGCUUUUGUUCAGAAUUGCACGAAGUUGCGCUCAUGUGGUGCUGUGUAGAGAGUCCAUUCUGCAUAGGAAGUACUGUAUAUCAAGGUUGACGCAAGGCAUUUUCCUUUGGGUCAGGAGAGAUAUCUCUUUGCUGGGGAAGACUAGUCCACUAGAAACCACUUCUUAGCAAACCCACCUUUUAAUCACACUGUGGUGCUUAUCGGUAUCUGAUCUGGAGCAGCCCUGCGAAUGAGGAGUAAGACGCAGACCGGGUGCAUCGGCGCUAGCUGCUCAGCGCCUGAGUGUUAUGUGUUUGUAUGUACGGUUACAUCUGCUUAUGCUGCCUCUCCUUUAUUUGUAGAUUUGUUUUGCUUAGUAGUUAGUAAUAAGUGUUUUUUU